CAUUUAUUAGUCGAAGCUGCAAAAGCUGGCAGAUUACCACAAACAUUGCAAGAGGUUGAAAUCGGCACUAUUGUUCCUGGUUAUGUGAGAAACAUUACCGAUUAUGCAGUUUUUAUAAGUUUCUUGGGCGGCUUUAGUGCGAAGGCUAUGAGACACAUGAUUGCUGAUCAUUAUGUUGCUAGUCCCGUCGGAAUAUUUUAUCCUAAUCAAUCUGUUAUAUGUCGCAUCACAUCGAUUGACACCGAAAAUUCAAGGUGUGAGGUUUCAUUGAAACCUUCGGAAGUAAACAUAUCUUCUCUCCCAUUCAUUACCAAAGGAGAUUUCAUUAAAUCAUAUUUUUCGGAUAUGAGUGAAUGUAGACAAUUGUCAGUAAAAGAACAAAAAGUUCGGAUUGGCGAAUGUGUCAAAUUUCAGGUGAAAAAGCAAAUAUCAAAACAAGAAAUGCACAUUUUCAAAGCAAGAAUUCUUUUAAAGGACGAUGAGAACGUCAAGAUAACAGUAUCUAUUAAUGAGGAUCACGCUGGAGGUUGUGAAAAUAUGGAGGAAGGUGUCAUACUGCGCGGAAUCGUUCUCGAUUUUGAUGCAAAGGGAAAGCUUGCAGAUAUAUCAAUGAGGUCUGAAUUGAUGAAUGAAAAUAAAAUAACUAGAGAGCAGAACGAUCAAGAGAUUGAUGGACCUGAAAAUGAUCUUGAUCUAUUCUUCUUGCAUAGAAAGGAGCUUAGGAAAAUAUCAAAAACCGGUAAAACCGUGGAUGCAAUAGUUGAGCUAGUAAAAGAAGAUUAUAUAAUUGUAUCUCUUCCAGAGCAGGGCAACACAAUAGCUUUCGCUGCUUCCAAAUAUUAUAAUGAUCGUUCGCAGCCCUUCAUGAGAUAUAAGUUUGGGCAGAGAGCAAAAGCCCAAAUUACAUAUGUUCCUCGACAUAAGGAGGACGCUAAUUCUGCGAGUAAGCAUGGAUCGAUUGAUCGUGUUCUGGUGACACUUCAAUUUCCCACCGAGCAACAAGAACGAUCACAUUUGACCAGUACUAAAACCCUUGAAGACUUUUCUCCGGGGGAAAAAAUUAAGGGUACUGUUACAGCAGUCGAAAAUUACGGAAUAUUCAUUAAAAUCAAUGACACAUCUAUCAGUGGAUUGUGUCAUAUAUCAAAAAUAUCAGACGAGUUUGUUAGAGAUGUGUCUGCAUUGUAUAAGGUUGGGCAACGCGUGACAGCGGUGAUCUUGGGUAUAGACCAUAAGACCCAAAAGAUAUCUUUUGGUCUUAAAGAAUCAUGCUUUAAGGCUCACAAUUUGGAAUUGUCUGAUGAUUCUGACGCGGAGCAUGUGAUGGAGAUCGAUGAAGACAAUAAACUGAAUAACCCUGUGGAAAUGAAUCUUCAGUUAGACGACGACGACGAGGAAGAAUAUGAUUAUGCUGAAGUUGAAGACAAUGCGAUGUCUAUUUCUGAAGAUGAAUUAGAGCAAGUUGAGGUUGAGCCAUUGCCUUUUUCUGGUACCUGGAAGUGGGAAAACGAAAUUGAGAACAAAGAGCAAAGUGAAAAUAUAAUCGAACAUUUGUCUGAUAAGACAGAGGAUCUGUUAAAGAAGAAACCGGAGGUCAAUGCAGAUUUUGAAAGACUAUUGUUAGGAUCACCUGAUUCUUCCUAUUUAUGGAUCAGCUACAUGGCUCUUCAACUUCAACUUUCGGAAAUCAAUAAAGCGCGCGAGAUUGGUGAACGUGCGCUUAAAACUAUUAAUUAUCGGGAGGAGCAAGAAAGAUUAAAUAUAUGGGUUGCCCUUAUGAAUUUAGAGAAUAAUUUUGGGACAAAUGAGAGUAUGGGAAAUGUUCUACGACGGGCUUUACAGACGUGUGAUCCGAAAAAGAUAUAUCUUCUGCUCGUGGGAAUUUAUGAAAAGUCCGGCAAAAAGGAGCUUGCACAGCAAACGUAUCAAAUUAUGAUCAAAAAAUUUUCGCAAAGUUCAAAAGUUUGGACAAAGAUGGGUUUAUUUUAUGUUAUAAAUGGUGACAUUCAGGCAUCACGUGAUUUACUUCAGAGAAGUUUACAGUGUUUGCCAAAGCGAAAACACGUCAAGGUUAUAACGAAAUUUGCAUUAAUGGAAUUUAAACAUGGUGAAGCUGAAAGAGGUCGUACGAUCUUUGAAGGAAUGAUGAGCAAUUAUCCUAAGCGCGUGGACUUAUGGUCAAUAUAUAUCGACAUGGAAUGCAAGGUUGGAGACCCGGAUACUGUUCGGCAAGCGGCUUUUCCAAAGGAUCACAACGAUGAAGUUCUCGUCUAA